GGGCGGGGCGACGCCGGCCUGCGGGGUCCGGGCGGGGAGCGCGGCCUGGCGGUAGGAGCGGGCCACUGGCCGCCCGGACUCUUAGGUUCUCCCCGUGGCUUGGGCCGGGGCCGCGCUGUCAGCGGGCAGUGGCGCGGUGUCGGGGCGGGGGAUGAGGGGAUCGCGGUUCUCGCUCCCCGCGCGGGGAGACGGGGGGUCAGGGAGCUGAUGCCUGCAAAGCAGCCGGCGAGGGGGAGCGGCGCGGAGAUGCCUGGGGCAUGAUGAUGAUGAUGGCGGCGGCGGCGGCGGGGCUGUCGAUAGUUUUCCUUCUAGGCUCUUCGGGCAAGCAGCUGAGUUUGGGGGCCAUUGCCAUGGACCCACUCUCGGAGUUGCAGGAUGACCUGACCCUGGAGGACACCAACCAGUCCCUGAGCCAGCUCAAACUGGCUUCCUUAGAUGAUAAGAACUGGCCAGCAGAUGAAGUGCCUGUUUUUCCCAAGUCAGAGGACACCAACUGCUCCCCUGAGCCCAUCACUCACCUGCGCUGGGAUGAUCCAUACUACGAUAUUGCUAGGCACCAGAUCGUGGAAGUAGCAGGUGAUGACAACUAUGGACGGAAAGUCAUUUUGUUCAGUGCCUGCCGGAUGCCACCCUGUCAUCAACUUGACCAUGUGAAACUGCUACAGUAUCUUAAGUUCACACUGGACCAGUAUGUGGAGAGUGACUACACAUUGGUGUAUCUGCACCAUGGCCUCACCAGUGAGAACAAGCCUUCCCUGAGCUGGCUGCGGGAUGCCUACCGGGAAUUUGACCGCAAGUACAAGAAGAACAUCAAAGCGCUGUACAUCGUUCACCCAACGAUGUUCAUCAAGACUCUGCUGAUUCUCUUCAAGCCUCUGAUCAGUUUCAAGUUUGGACGGAAGAUUUUUUAUGCAAACUUCCUGAGCGAGCUGGAGGAGCAUGUGAAGCUGGAGCAGCUGGGGAUCCCAAGCCAGGUGCUAAAAUAUGACGAGUACCUGAAAUCACUGCAGAAACCCUCUCAAGUGCCCCAGAAGCUGACCCCACCGCGCCCACCCCUGCCAAACCAGCAGUUUGGGGUCUCUCUGCAGCACCUAAGGGAGAAGAGCUCUGAUCAGGCCCCCAUCCCACUGGUGGUCAGGGAAACCAUUGCCUAUCUGCGGGAGCAUGCUCUGACCAAAGAGGGGAUUUUCCGGAGAUCAGCUUCCACACAGAUUGUCAAAGAGGUCCAACAAAAAUACAACAUGGGGAUACCGAUGGAUUUCCAGCAAUAUGAGGACAUUCACCUCGCUGCCGUGAUCCUCAAGACAUUCCUGCGGGAGCUGCCAGAGCCACUGCUCACCUUUAGCCUCUACAACCACGUUGUCAACUUCCAGAAUGUGGAGGAGUCGAAUCGUGUGGAUGUUGUUCGCAAAACCCUCCAGACCCUGCCUGAGGAAAACUAUCAAGUGCUCUGUUUCCUGAUGGCCUUCCUGGCAGAGGUCUCCUCUCACAGUGACGUAAACAAGAUGACGAACACCAACCUGGCCGUGGUUUUCGGCCCAAACUUGCUGUGGGAUAAGGAUGUAGCCAUCACCCUCAAGGCCAUCAAGCCAAUCAACACUUUUACCAAGUUCCUGCUGGACUACCAGGGGGUGCUGUUCCAGGACAUGGAGGCCUGAGCCGGGCCAGCCCACAUUAGCACACUGUGCCCACCUUCCCCCUCCCUCUUCCUACCUUGUCGUGGAGCCAUGGCCAGGAGCCUUCAGCACAGAGGGUCCAUUGGAGCUGCAGGCGCUGAGCUGAGUGAGGGCUGUGGAGAUGGUGUGAGAGUGAGUGAGCAGGCAACCAUUUGCCAGAGGUGGGGGAGAGAAGCUCGUCUUCCCAUUCCUGGGAGUGGAGUCUUGUCCCCAUGGCCAUUCUGUGCAGCUCAUCCCUGGCCAUGCUGCCCUACUGGGGGUUGUUCCCUCCUUCCUUCCCCUCACGGGCUUCUUUCUGCCCUCCUCUCCUCCCCCUCAGCAACCCCUCUUCUGUGCAAUGCCCCAAGAUCCCAGCUCAUUCCUUCUGCCUGCAUCACCUGGGCAGGACUUGGCUCGAGUUGUGUGGCAGGAGGCUCCCUGUGCCAGCUCCUCCUCUCAGGAGCUGAGUGCAGAGUCCUGGCGCCCUGCCCUCACCCAGAGCAGGUCAGGUAAGCCUUGUGCUUCAGGUGUUAGUGAGGACAGCACCAGCUACUCCUGGGCUAACACCAACCCUCCCCUUGGCUUGCAGCAGGCGUGAAGAAGAAACUGACUUUUGGGGGCGGCUGGGCCAUUGGGCCCUGCCAGAGAUUCUGUGACUGAGGGGAGUUGGCUUAGCCCCACCCCCUGCUGGCACUACUAGCCCGAGGAGCCAGUAAUGCCUCUCCAAGGGGCGCUAGCAUCCACUGUGGGUGCUGUUCACCUUCACUAAGAGGGCUGUGCUGGGCAUGGGGUGUGUGGUGGAUGGUAGCCCAGGACUACUCUGCUCUGGCUGUAAUGGUCUCCUUGGCUUUGUCCUCGGCUCUUGGUGGGAGGGUUUCACUCCAGACCCGGCCUCAGUGGGCAUGCGCUGCAUGGGGAUGCGGGGUCCCCUUUGUAAUGCUCUGUGAUCAGUGAGCUUGUUGGAAUCAUGCCCGGAACAAGUGCCCUGGUGGCACUUGACUCCCCACUGCCAAACCCCACAAUUGACACUGCCCUUCCUCGUGGCUGCCACACAGGGACACUCCUGGGUCCCCUGUUUAUCUGCUGGCCAGCCCCUGAGCCCAGCUGCUUUUUGACUUUGGGCUGAGUGGAAUUUUAUUCAGCAAAAAUGUAAGUGAGAAUGUGGCCUGAAGGGAAGGGCCUGUGCACUGAGGCCCAACCUUAGCCAAAGUGUGAGAGGCCUGGAUCGGAGGAACCUGCCCAGGUGCUGAGGUCUCAUGUGCCAAAGCUGCUAGGGAAGAACAUACAGCAUGCCCCUAGCCCAGCUCCUCACUGCCCCAUAUGUCGGUUCCGCCCCUUCAGGGGAACUACUUUGAUGCACCCUUAUGUGCUAGGGAGGGAGGGAGAUGGCUCUCUACAGGCCAGGCUCAGGAACAGAGCAGCUCCCUUGAGAGAGGAGCUUUCACACUGGAGCAAGACUCUAAGUUUCUAGCCUCACUCCGCAAGACCCAUAAUUCUUGUGCCCUGCUCCCUUUGGCCAGUCCUGGUCCCAGCUGCACCACAGCAGUGGGAAAACAUUGAGACCAAGCAGAGCUCAUUUUAUAAAGUGGCAGUUGAUCUGCUUUUAAUAGGAUUUUAACCUGCCCUAGAAACUGACCAAAGGCUGAUGCCCUGGUUUAAAAAUAGACAAACUUCUGAUGAGCAUCAACAACAGGAAUGGGGUCUCCUCUGCCAGGCCUAGGAGCAGGGACCUAGGAUUGGCAAGAACUCUCUCCUGCAAUGGAGCCCAGGCCCAGCUCGGCAACUCUAGCUAUUGCUGGUUGAUUGGCUGCUCUUGGGAUGACCCACAAAAGGGUGAGAUGGGCAAGUGGAGGAGCAGAGAAUUCUGAGUGCUGGAGAACAGAUUGUGCAUGGCUUGGGGCCGCCCAUCCCACCCUGGGUACUGAGUGAAUCUCUCUCUGGGAGGCUGAAGGGCCCGUGGAGGGGAGGGACCAGGCCUGGAUCUGGACAUGCUGCUGUGUGAGUUGAAUUUCUGCCUGUUGGGCUGGGACACGAAUGCCCUUUGCUGUGAAUAAAUCCAUAGUGAUGGUUUGGGUGGGUCACAGAGGGCUUCUAGUUCACCUUGACUUCUGCUAGAUCCAGCAUGGAGGGUAGCUCUGCCAUUGAGGCUUCUUGGGAAAGCUGGAGGGACUCAGUGCUCCUAUUGAAGUUGGGGUGGGGGGGCAGUGUAGGAAGAGCCCUACACUUGCCCCAUGAGUUUUGUUAGGCCAUGCUCAGUGGGACACUCUGGAAUGGGGUAUUGUCUGUGUGACCCUGUAUCACAUCUUCUGUCUCCCCAUCUCAAGGGAGUAUCCCCUCCUGCAUGUAGUUCAGAGCCAAGCUAGGCUGGGCUUGCUGACGUUAUCUGGGCCACAGCUAAAUGUUUGUUGGCCUAGAUCUGCCCAGAGGAAAGGAAAAAUCUGCUGGUCUCCUUGGGAACAACCGGAAUCAUAAGCCCAGUAGCCUAGAACAGAAAUUCCCCCUUGGGCUGGGGCACAAGGACCUGGCUACAGGCUCAGCCGCUGCUCCCUGCAGUGAGUUCCAGCUGGGAGUACUGAAUCCUGACCUGUGCGGUGUUGAGAAAAGCAGGGCUGGGCAGCAACAGGGGCAGGCUGAGGCUGCACUUGGGGCAGGUAUUUCCUUAGCUCCCCAGAGACACUUUU